CACAGCCAGUGCCUUUGGCGCACUGAGGUGCACAGGGUCCCUUAGCCGGGCGCAGGGCGCGCAGCCCAGGCUGAGAUCCGCGGCUUCCGUAGAAGUGAGAAUGGCUGGGCAGCGAAUGCCUCUUCUAGUGGGCUUCCUUCUCCCUGGGGUCCUGCUCUCAGAGGCUGCCAAAAUCCUGACAAUAUCUACAGUAGGUGGAAGCCAUUAUCUACUGAUGGACCGGGUUUCUCAGAUUCUUCAAGAUCACGGUCAUAAUGUCACCAUGCUUAACCACAAAAGAGGUCCUUUUAUGCCAGAUUUUAAAAAGGAAGAAAAAUCAUAUCAAGUUAUCAGUUGGCUUGCACCUGAAGAUCAUCAAAGAGAAUUUAAGAAGAGUUUUGAUUUCUUUCUGGAAGAAACUUUAGGUGGCAGAGGAAAAUUUGAAAACUUAUUAAAUGUUCUAGAAUACUUGGCGUUGCAGUGCAGUCAUUUUUUAAGUAGAAAGGAUAUCAUGGAUUCCUUAAAGAAUGAGAACUUCGACAUGGUGAUAGUUGAAACUUUUGACUACUGUCCUUUCCUGAUUGCUGAGAAGCUUGGGAAGCCAUUUGUGGCCAUUCUUUCCACUUCAUUCGGCUCUUUGGAAUUUGGGCUACCAAUCCCCUUGUCUUAUGUUCCAGUAUUCCGUUCCUUGCUGACUGAUCACAUGGACUUCUGGGGCCGAGUGAAGAAUUUUCUGAUGUUCUUUAGUUUCUGCAGGAGGCAACAGCACAUGCAGUCUACAUUUGACAACACCAUCAAGGAGCAUUUCACAGAAGGCUCUAGGCCAGUUUUGUCUCAUCUUCUACUGAAAGCAGAGUUGUGGUUCAUUAACUCUGACUUUGCCUUUGAUUUUGCUCGACCUCUGCUUCCCAACACUGUUUAUGUUGGAGGCUUGAUGGAAAAACCUAUUAAACCAGUACCACAAGACUUGGAGAACUUCAUUGCCAAGUUUGGGGACUCUGGCUUUGUCCUUGUGACCUUGGGCUCCAUGGUGAACACCUGUCAGAAUCCGGAAAUCUUCAAGGAGAUGAACAAUGCCUUUGCCCACCUACCCCAAGGGGUGAUAUGGAAGUGUCAGUGUUCUCAUUGGCCCGAAGAUGUCCACCUGGCUGCAAAUGUGAAAAUUGUGGACUGGCUUCCUCAGAGUGACCUCCUGGCUCACCCAAGCAUCCGUCUGUUUGUCACCCACGGCGGGCAGAAUAGCAUAAUGGAGGCCAUCCAGCAUGGUGUGCCCGUGGUGGGGAUCCCUCUCUUUGGAGACCAGCCUGAAAACAUGGUCCGAGUAGAAGCCAAAAAGUUUGGUGUUUCUAUUCAGUUAAAGAAGCUCAAGGCAGAGACAUUGGCUCUUAAGAUGAAACAAAUCAUGGAAGACAAGAGAUACAAGUCCGCGGCAGUGACUGCCAGUGUCAUCCUGCGCUCCCACCCGCUCAGCCCCACACAGCGGCUGGUGGGCUGGAUUGACCACGUCCUCCAGACAGGGGGAGCGACGCACCUCAAGCCCUAUGUCUUUCAGCAGCCCUGGCAUGAGCAGUACCUGCUCGACGUUUUUGUGUUUCUGCUGGGGCUCACUCUGGGGACUCUAUGGCUUUGUGGGAAGCUGCUGGGCAUGGCUGUCUGGUGGCUGCGUGGGGCCAGAAAGGUGAAGGAGACAUAAGGCCAGGUGCAGCCUUGGCAGGGUCUGUUUGGUGGGCGAUGUCACCAUUUCUAGGGAGCUUCCCACUGGUUCUGGCAGCCCCAUUCUCUAGUCCUUCUAGUUAUCUCCUGUUUUCUUGAAGAACAGGAAAAAUGGCCAAAUAUCAUCCUUUCCACUUGCUAAUUUUGCUACAAAUUCAUCCUUACUAGCUCCUGCCUGCUAGCAGAAUUCUUUCCAGUCCUCUUGUCCUCCUUUGUUUGCCAUCAGCAAGGGCUAUGCUGUGAUUCUGUCUCUGAGUGACUUGGACCACUGACCCUCAGAUUUCCAACCUUAAAAUCCACCUUCCUUCUCAUGCACCUCUCCGAAUCACACCCUGACUCUUCCAGCCUCCAUGUCCAGAUCUAGUCAGCCUCUUUCUGUCACUCCUGCCCCUACCAUCUAUCAUGGAAUAACAUCUGAGAAAGACACCUUGCAUAUUCUUUCAGUUUCUGUUUUGUUCUCCCGUAUAUUCUCUUCAAUGCUCAGGAAGCCUGCCCUGUGCUUGAGAGUACAAGGCUGGACACAGGCUCGCAGGUCUCCACAUUGGGUCCUUGUCUCUGGUGCCCACAGUGAGCUCCUUUGCUGAGCAGGCAUGGAGACUGUAGGUUUCCAGAUUUCCUGAAAAAUAAAAGUUUACAGCAUUAUCUCUCCCCAACCUCA